GCGUCGCUGCGCGAGUGGUCGGCGGCCGCGCCUCCGCCGGCGCCGUCGAGCGAGGUGUCGGCCCGCGCGUCGCAGCUCUCUGCGAUGCUCACGCGGCUGACCGACUUGCGGCUGCCGGUGGGGACGGCCCACCCGCCAGCCGCCGGCCAGGCCGCCGUGUCGCCGUCUGCGGCGCGGCGCCGCUCCGAGUGCGCUCACUUGGUUGCGCUCGCCCCGGACCUGAUCAACGCCAUCGGCAGGCCGACGAGCGAGGACGGCGGCGCACUCGCGGGGCGCGAGGUGCAGCGGCUGCAGGAGGCGAUCCGCGAGGCGCUGCAGCUGGUCUUUGCAUCCCUGCCAAAGCCGUGA